AUGGUCUGUUUGUUGAUCAAGGACAAAUCCCUAUUCUCAACGACGUUGCUCGGUUGCCUCCUGCAUUCCACCUUGGUCAUUCUGGCCUCGAAUGCAAAACACGCCAUAUCGAUCGUGGAGUCGAGCUCACCGAAGGUGUUUCUCUACGAGAAGAUCUAUGCUGGCGAGGUCGAUGAUCUAACGAGCGGCAAAUGCCAUGACACUCUCUUCUUCAACAUGCUCAGAUCAGAAGAAAUCGAGAAGAAGACGAGCUAUUCUUUCCCUCAGUAUAGGGGGUCUGUCGUUACACAAUCCAUUGUUCUAUAUUCGGGAGGUAGCACGGGGCCUCAACGUGGCGUGGUGCUGCCGGACAAAUGGUUGCACUACCUGAUGUUCCUCCAAGAUCUCGGUGAUGUCCAUCAUUCAGCUCUGUUCGAAGCCUCUGACGAUGUUAUUCUUCUGGCGGAACCUCCCUGGCGAUUCCCGGGUCUCAUCGUACUCAUAUCUGCGUUGAGUUUCGGAUGCACUAUGGUUCAACAAAGUUUCUUCGACUCCAACAAGUCGUUGCUCCUGAUAGAGGAGCACAAAAUUAAUUGCGUACCUCUAACAGCUUCCUCGAUGACUAGUUUAGCGUUCGCUCUAGCCCUGUCAGAGUACGAACUCCCAUCUCUCCAGUACAUGGUGAAUCUCGGCGGAGCGUUGUCGAGCAAAGCAGGUGAAAUUCUGAUGAAGCGCGUCAGCGGUCUCGGUCACAUACGGCAAGUUUACUGUUUGACGGAAUGCGCAAUCGCCACGCGGAAGCGCGGUCAUAAGGAUAUCCUCAACAUCGGAGCACCGCUUCCGGGUAAUCGUGUGAAGAUUGUCAGAAAUGGAGAAAAGUGCUCUCUGAAAGUCCCCGGCGAGAUCCACGUUGUUGGUGAAUGUAUGCUCUCCGGCUACUUAGAAGGGGCCAAUUUGCGCUUCGUGACUCACAAUGAGGAGUGGUUCCGGACCGGUGACGUCGGGUUCUUCGACGAGAAAGGCAACAUCCACCUGCUUGGAGGAUUGCUCGACAUGUUCGUUUGUGCCGGCGAGCAGAUCUCGGUUAUCGAGCUUGAAGAUCUGCUUCUGCAUCAUCCUGCCGUAGAAAAGGCAGCUGUGAUUGGGGUGCCUUCAGCGGAGCUCGGUGAAUGCGCGAGAGCCUUCGUUGUCCCUCGAUCGAGACCUGAAGACGCUCAUUCAGAAGCCGAGGGCAUCCGGCAGUUCAUUCGCUUGCGAUCCCCCUUCCAUAAGCAGCUUCAUGGCGGGGUGGAGUUCCUUCGGAAAAUUCCUUCAACAGAGAUCGGCUUGCCGAUCAGGAGAGUUCUGCGUGUGAGGUAUCUGAGCGCUACUAAUUAG